AUGGGUGAAGUUGUAGAAUUUGUAACAUCAAAUAAAUAUGGACGAAGAUUUUAUAAAUUCUCAAAUAGUAGCAUAACAUUUUCCUUAAAAGGCAGUGGGUAUGCAGUUAUAGGCCUAUCUAAUUUGCCAGAAGUGAAACAUAUAAAACAAUGGGUAUACAUAAACAGACAUGGCAACACUGGAGUAACACAGUAUCAAAGUGUUCACAGUGAACAUGAAGUGCUUAUAGCAGUUGAAACACCAAACAUCAUUAGUGAAGAUAGAUCUCAAAAAUUCUGGCUCACAUGGUACGAUAAACUAGAAUUGGGGAAGUCUGGUAGUACAGAACCAAUAUUUUCUCGAGAGAUAGGUACAAAUAAUUUAAAGUAUGUAUCUUUCAUUAGUCACCGGAAUACAAAUAGUGUAGAAUGGAGGUUUGUAUCGCCACCUCUUAUUGAAAGACCCGGUCUUAAACCAAUAGAGGGAGGCAAGAUGUAUUGGGUAAAAUAUGAUGGGUUGUUACCCUAUGGAGCAUUAAUAGGUGGCUAUGAAAAUGAAUUCCUAUAUAUAAUGCGAGCACCUCACGAGGGGUCGCUGACUCCAGGAAAGUUUGUCCCAUCGAUUAAAUGUGGCUUUGUAUCGUGGGGCGGGUAUAUGCAUUUAAAAAAUGAGUUUGAGAUACUCUGUGGUUACGAUUGUACCUGGGUUACAACGAGAGGUAACGUUAUUCCUUGCGGAGCUGUUCCCGGGGGAUACACAGAGUAUGGGCCAGAAACAAUGUACGUAGGAAGGUGUCAACGGGACAAACAUACGAUACCGGGAAAAGUUGCACCUUCCUAUAGUGUUUGUUUCUUUCCUUACAACGAUGAGGAAGCUUAUGAAGCGGUAUAUGAAAUAUUGGUCGCGCCAUAUUCAAGUCCAAGAUAUACUCCCACUAAGAUUGUUCCGAAUGUAAGAGUAGGAGAGUAUAUAGGAGAACAUGUUUGA